CCCACCCUGCGGCCUGCAUCCACCUAGGUGGCUGACGAUGGAACGUGCAUCGUGUCAGUCGGUACUUUAACAUCCACACCGAGCUACCACGAAGAGGGGUCGGAUCGCGAAGUCGGUUGGUGCUCUGCGCCAAGGGUGUGUCGUGUCGCGGAGGACUGAAGGUCCGAUGAGAGGACGCCGUACAACGCCGGCCCGAACGUACGAGGACCGGUCGGCGUAACGACAGGAAGCGUAGAAGGGACACGCGACGAAUCCAUUCAUUACUGGGUGACUCGACGAUAGCCAAGCCUCGACUACGUAUAUGUGCGCUCGUACGUGGACGCACGAAUAGGCGGGUUUCUGCCUGUUAUCGUUCACGGGAGCGUACAUGUGGCUUUAUUGGCAUUGAUUGGGGGCAGUAGACACGCACGACACACGUCAGAGCCACGACAUUAUUAUUUUUCUCUUCCUCUCUAUCUCUCUAUCUCGUUUUAUUUCCCCCCUUUUCCCUUGAUCGACGACGACGACGACAACGACGACGACGACGACAAUAUCAUCGCCGGGAACCAUGGCGAAUUGGGAUUGGGAAGACACCGACUGGGACUGGGAAGACACGGAAGAUUGUUCCUGCGAAGAGGAGCAGAAGCAGAUUAUCUCGGAACCGGAGAUUGACAAGGAGUGGCUAGGAGGUAUCCUAAGGGAGUUUCACAAAGAACCGGUCACUAUAACCGAGUGUAACGUAAGCCCAGGCUGUAUGAGUAACGAAAGUGCGCUUAGCGCAAUUAUUCGUGUUAAAGUCAAGUACACGUUGAACGACUCGAACUCGACGCAAGAUCUGUCCUUAAUCGUGAAAGAACUACCGAAGGAUGCGUUCAGUCGUUUCUUCGUUAUCGAAGGACAAUUCGAUCUGCGAGAGAUUAAAUUUUACACACGGGUGAUGCCCGAUUUGAAGGAGUUUCAAAAGAAACAAUUAGCAGAUAAAGGGGAUACGAACGAGGAGAUCGUUCUAUCGGUUCCGGUGUGUUAUCACGCGCAUUAUACACCAGCGGAGGAGACGGAUGACAGUCCCACCACGCCCGAUUCAAUUUUGGUAUUGCACGAUCUCCGUGAUUCCGCUUUCCGUAACAUCAAAUUUCGAGAAGGGCUGACGUACGAUCAGACUAAGGUCGCGUUAGAUGCCAUAGCGCGUAUACACGCGCAUUCUUUAGCGAUGAAGGUGAUAGAGGAACAGCAUCUCUCGGAGCGUUACCCAUUCCUCUUCCAAACAGCGAAGGCAACGGAUUCGUACCAACAACUGGUAGAACGUGGUCUCCCGCAGCUAGCAAAGUUCUUGAAAAGUACACCGGGUCUGGAAGCGAUACUCGAGGCUUUACUCGUCCUACGACCUAAAACUAAACACAUAAUAUCCGCGCUGCUAGCACCGGAAGGACCGUUGGCACUCAUCACGCACACAGACUUCUGGUGUAACAAUUUACUAUUCAAGGAAGGAGACAAUGGUCUCGAGUGCUGUAUACUAGACUGGCAAAUGGUCACCUACAGUAGACCAACCAAUGACAUAGCGCUAUUAUUAGUCAGUUCUUUGCCAACGGAAUUACGUCGAAAACACACGGAUACCUUCCUCGACAUCUACUGGGACGCGUUAACCAGCACGUGUUCCCGUCUCGGUGUCGACAUCCCCAAGGAUUUGGGGUACACGAGAGAAGAGUUGAACAAGGAUUACAGGCGUUCGCAACUCUUAGCGCUUUUACUUUGCAUCGGGUCGGUUGACGUUGCUUUGGGCGAUCCCGAGACCGAGCAACGUUUAAUCGACGUACUGAAAGAUCUUCACAAUGAAGGUGUACUUACAGACGAGACUGUGAUUGCCACCAGCGAAAAUAACCCUUAGUCAACGUUAUUACCGCCCAUGAUAGUGCUACAGCGAAUUAAUAUUUCUACGCGAGAUGCAAAUCGAAGAGACUAAGUUGUGGGACUGAUUGAUCGCUCUGUCAGCCAUAAGCUUGCGAUCAACGUAUGAUCUCAUCUCGAGGAAAAGGCUUGUGUCGAUGAUAAUGUAAUUGCGGGUAGUUAAAGAAAUCCAAGUCACAUUGAAAUUAUCCUUAACAUGAAAGAAAUAGAGUUGAUGGAUUAGAUCGUUUUGUUUGAGAACAUUUCAACGUUAAACCGUGUUUGCCACGUACACUUAUACAGACACACACCCACGGAAACACGCGUACACGUAUAUUUUAAAGUUUAAGGAAAACGGAAUAUUAAUAAACAUUGUACGGAAUUUUAAAAUUAAACAUGACUCAAAAUGCAAAAGAACUAUUAAUAGCACGUUCAGCCAAAUAAAUUAGAUCUUAAAUGAUAUUGUUCUUCUGAACCAAUUAAAUGUAACACUUAGUUGGUUAAAAUUUCUUUCUCCGACUACAUUUCUUCCCGCAAUUAUUGUAACGGCUAUAAGAUCGACAUUCCGUUAUCGCUGAUUUACGUAUGCAAUAAUUAUAUUAUUCUCUUUCUUUGUACAAACUAUAUAAAUAAAAUAUACUUUGAUGUUGUCAUGAA